AUGCCUUUCUUCUUGGCGGUCAGCCAUGAGACGCUUGAGAACACUUACUUUGCCGCUGCGAUCCGUGGCUGUGCGUACCUGGAGCAGCAGGUUGCCUACCCCGUUGUUACCGAAGCAAUCCUUGCACUUCAAAGCUCUAUGGCUCGCAAGCUUGGCUUCUCCCUCAGCGACGCCAAUGACACUCGCAAGGUGAGGAAGACCACUGAUUUCAAGGUCCCUUCGAGUCAGAUGAUGCUGUUGCAGAUGACGCCGCUGGAGCCGAAGUUUUUUCAGAGUAUCGCAGCUGGUUGCCUGAAGGUUCAGAAUGGACAGCUCCAUGCACUCAAACGUUGGGGCUGGUGGGUUAGCUCCAAUGCGAAGCCUUGUCCAAGCGACAGGAUUGCCAUCAACGACGUCUUCAAUGUUGAAAUCUUCAAGGUGGAGAUGCUGCCAAACCAGAUCUCGGCUUUGGAUGUGAAGCCUGCAGUUGACACACCACGCUGGACUUUCUUCAUGGUGUCGAAGGCCGAGACUGAGCCGGAUGCAGGUGACAAGGAGUUUCCAGUCAGCUAUGCAUUGCCAGGCUUAUCAGCUUACCUGACGAAGAAUACUGAGCAAGCAAAGCGCCCGGAAUCAACGGAUUUUGUACCUCUUUUUCGUUCGUUGCCAGACGCGUGUCACGCUGCUUUUUACUUCACCAAGGGUGGCUACAAUACGGAGAUGAUCCUUUUCCAGUUGAGUUUGCCUUCCAGUGCUUUCAGCGAGGUCGGCUCCAAACAUAUCGUCUUGGACAGCAUUGCUGGCUCUGGUGUGGCCUUCGACUAUUGGGUUCUUCGCGCGCCCAGCCCAGAUUACUUGAACAGUUUCUGGAAGGCAUGUGCUGUGAAACAGCUGGUUGUGAGCCUCAAUCCCAUCUUGUGCUCACCCACAUCAAACGUUUCUUUUGAGAAGUUGUUUGAGCACCACAAGCUCGAUCUCGUCCGCCGCUUGGAGCACGAUGUGAUGUUGGCCGAAUCAGAUCUCAAGGACAAGACUGAUGCCCUGAAGCUGGCCAAGGCAAGUCUUUUGGAGACAGCUGAGCGUGAUGAGCCGGAAGGGUAG